GCAGUACACGUCUCUCUCUUGGAGACACAGAGACAGAGUAUUCAAUGCUUUGUUGCCUUCCCACUUUUCACCAGCUAAGCUCUGUUCUCCCCCUUCCUUUUCUCUCCAAAACAAGAAAUAUUCUUGCACAACUUUGAUUCACGAGAGCUGAAGCUAAACUUUCCAAUUCCCAGAAACAAACAGAAAUUUUUUCUGUCCUAGAUUCUGAAGUUGGGUCCCCUCUUUAAAGUUUUACAUAUUCUCUUCGUCUAGCUCCAAACCCGCAAGAAAACAGAGUACUCUGCUCCAUAAAUUACGUAGCUUUCGUUGAAAGUUUCAUUCCUUUACUUCUUUUUUCCAAGUCAAGAAAGAAAAAAAUUUAAUAGAGAGAGAGAGAAGAAGAAGAAUCUUAGACACUUAGCUUAAGAGAAAUCUUGGGCUCUCGUCAAAAGUUCCCCUCUCUCUGCUUAAAAGGCGAAACAGAGGAAAAAAUAAGUAAGCAAAGAGCAGUAAUGGAUGCCUUAAGCGCCACGUUACUUGUUCUCCUCUCUAUUUUUCUUACAACUUCACCAACUGUUCAAGGAAACGCCGAGCUGAAAUCUCUAAUGGAGCUCAAAUCAUCCCUUGACCCCGAGAACAAGCUUCUCCAGUCAUGGACGUUCAACGGCGACCCAUGCGACGGUUCCUUCGAAGGAAUCGCCUGCAACCAGCAUCUGAAAGUCGCCAACAUAUCAUUACAAGGGAAACGCUUAACCGGGAAACUAUCUCCGGCCGUCGCAGAGCUCAAAUGCUUGUCUGGUCUUUACUUACACUACAAUAGUCUCUCCGGAGAGAUACCUCAAGAGAUCUCAAAUCUCACUGAGUUAUCAGAUCUUUAUCUCAAUGUUAAUAACUUUUCCGGCGAGAUUCCGGCGGGAAUCGGCUCCAUGGCUGGCUUGCAAGUUAUGGAUCUCUGCUGCAAUAGCUUAACAGGGAAGAUACCAAAGAGCAUUGGAUCCUUGAAGAAGCUUAGUGUUCUGUCUCUGCAACACAACAAACUAACCGGAGAGGUUCCUUCCAGUUUGGGAAACUUGAGUAUGUUGAGUAGGAUUGAUUUGAGCUUCAACGAUCUUUCAGGACCAAUCCCAAAAACCCUAGCCAACAUUCCUCAGCUUGAUACACUUGACUUGCGCAACAAUACUCUCUCUGGCUUUGUUCCUCCUGGUCUCAAGAAGUUGAAUGAGAGAUUCCAGUUUGAGAACAACACAGGGCUAUGUGGAAUCGAGUUCCCUUCUUUGAGAGCUUGUUCUGCUUUUGAUGAUUCAAACAUCGAAAUCAAGCAGCCUCAGGGUGAAAAAGACACUGAUAAGUCAACUCUUCAUGACAUUUCAGACUCAGUCUAUCUCAAAAGUCAUUGCAACCAAACACAUUGUCAUAAAACCUCAUCUAAACUCCCACAAGUUGCUUUGAUCUCAAGCGUGAUCACCGUCACUAUAACUUUGUUUGGUGCCGGUUUAUUAACCUUCUUGCGCUACAGAAGAAGGAAGCAGAAGAUUAGUAACACAGCAGAGCUUUCAGAGGGAAGACUCAGCACGGAUCAGCAAAAAGACUUUCGAGCAUCGCCACUCAUGAGUCUUGCCUACACUAAAGAAUGGGAUCCUCUUGGAGACAGCAGAAACGGAGCUGAGUUCUCACAAGAGCCUCAUCAUCUCUUUGUUGUUAACAGCAGUUUCAGGUUUAACUUAGAAGAGGUUGAAUCUGCAACACAAUGCUUCUCGGAAGCUAACUUGUUGAGCAGAAACAGCUUUACCUCGGUGUUCAAAGGAGUCCUUAGAGAUGGUUCUCUUGUAGCUAUCAGAAGCAUCAACAUAAGCAGUUGCAAGAACGAGGAAGCCGAGUUCAUGAACGGUCUGAAGCUUUUGUCCUCCAUGUCACAUGAAAACUUAGUGAAGCUGCGUGGAUUCUGCUGUUCUAGAGGCAGAGGAGAGUGCUUCCUCAUAUAUGAUUUCGCUUCAAAAGGAAAGCUCUCGAGUUUUCUUGACUUGCAAGAAAACGAGACCGGUCGAGUUCUUGCUUGGCCUGCAAGAGUCUCUAUCAUCAAAGGGAUUGCAAAAGGUAUUGCUUACUUGCAUGGAAGUGAUCAAGAGAAGAAGCAUACCAUUGUUCACCGAAACAUAUCGGUGGAGAAGAUCCUACUCGAUGAGCAGUUCAACCCGUUGAUCGCUGAUUCGGGUCUUCACAACCUUCUAGCAGACGAUUUGGUCUUCUCAGCACUCAAAACAAGUGCAGCAAUGGGAUACUUAGCUCCAGAGUACGUCACAACGGGAAGAUUCACCGAGAAAACCGACGUUUUCGCCUUUGGAGUGAUCAUUCUCCAAAUACUCUCUGGCAAGCUCAUGCUUACAAGCUCAAUGAGGAUUGCAGCUGAAAAUGGAGAGCAUUGUGGAUUAUUCAUUGAUGAACUUCUCGGUCAAGAGUUUGAUAAAACAGAGGCGGUUGCAAUGGCGAGGAUGGGGAUAUGCUGUACUCAGGAGAUUCCGGACAAUAGGCCUAAUAUAGAGACACUGCUUCUGGAGAUAAACUGUAUGAUGAGUGAGUGAAUAAGUGUUAUUUUAGUUAGUAACUUCGUUUGCAGAAAACGUUUGUGCGGAGUAUGAUUCUCCGGUUAAGCAGUAUCACAAACAAUUGGUUUUUAAGUUUUACUUUCUUCAGAAAGAACCGGGUCGGUUUACAUAAAUAUAGUAAUAAUUUAUAGAUGAUUUGAUUCGAUUUCAAUUGGAGAAGUAUCAUAUACAUCGUUAUAUUC